AGAAGGGAAGAUCUUUGAGGAUGGAUGCUAGAACUCGAAUCGAGGACAGCAUGUCGCCAGUAAAAAAAUACUUGAGAAUACAUAGUAUUUCUUGUGCAUUUAUUUUAUUGUUGACAUGAUAAUUUACUGGAGAAUAUUCAACUUCAACCAAAAAAUGCGACGUAGUUGAUGCACGGGUACUCUCGAAUAGAAUAGAACAGAAUAGAAUGCGACGUAGUCGAUCCACGGGUACUCUCGCUGGUAGUGUGCCACCGCGCAUUCUGCCAGCGCCACCAGUUCUGAACUUAAGGCUUACCUUAUAAUUCAUCUUAAGAGGCAUGAUCUUUGAGUUUGACGUCCUCGCUUGACGGUACAACAGGUCACGCUGUGGGCGGCGAGUCGAUGCCUGACCUGGAAAAUCGAAAUGGUCUCAAGAUGAUUUAAAUCUUCGAGAUUAAGGUCGUCUAAUGAACGCAAUUCAAUUAGGGUUCGCACCAGACGCGAUGCGAACGUCACUUGGCGCCUCAAGCUACGCGACGGUUUCGUCGCGGACGACGCCUGCGGGUCUACGCGCGCCGCAAUUGUUGACGGAGCAAACUGCGCAGAUGUCUGUCGGAGAGGGACGUACUUCUACUAGGCUCUGAAGAAAAUCUGGAAUGGAAAUCUACAAUCACAGAUCAGUAGAUGAUGGGCUUCAUGAUCUCAUGAUGACGAGAAUCCUGGAAUAAACAAGUUGUAAGAAAUGUAUCGAUUCUUGUCCCCGUUUUUUUACUCUCACUACAGUUUCAACAGCGAGACCAGCACCUGCGGCGCCGCGUCCAGCAACCGCUGUUUCGACUCCUCAUGAGGAAGACUCUGUCGUAUCGGGAGGUGGCGCUCUAAGCCGUUCGGGCUUUUCAACGUUCAGCAGCGCAACUCAGCACUUGCUUCGGUCGCAGCCCCAGCUUCUCAGGUCGCAGUUUGGUGCUUCUAUGGGGGGAGGAGGAGGAGGAGUAGUGCAGAAUCAACACGUAGUUUAUCUUAAGGCUCAACUUUCAUUGGUCACCAUUUAGAUUGGUCACUGUGAGAUCGAAGAGGAGACCCCUGGAGAGAACAGGAGAAAAUGAAGGGAAAACAAAGGGAGAGGUGUGUAGGGGGUCUUGUUCCUUCAGAGUGAUCAGUGUUGACCACUGACUGCUGACCUUUAAUUAUCAGCAAGCUCCUGCAGGUGGAACGAAAAAUACAAGUAUGUCAAGUGCAAGUCAGCGGGGGCAUCAAGCUGGCGCAUCCGGAGGGUCUGGACUUGACCGUUUGCCUGCAGAAGCUGCGGCCACUGGCGCUGCGGGAGACGGAGUGACGCCGUCUGCAGCGAGGGACAGAGCAGUCGGGGGACAGAUGCUGACAUCCUCACAGCCUUAUGUGCCACCACUGCGAAUGGUUGAUCUGAAGAAAAAUUCCUCAGCUGGCAGCGCCUCCAAUAGCAAGCUGAGCACCACGACAUCAGCGCCGUCACAGGGCGGCGCACGCUUUGCAAAUAAGCGGCGAACUGCAGGAGGAGCUAAAGAGAAGUAUGACUGGACUUGUUCGUGUGUGCUUCUUAUCUUAUAAGUACAUAGAACUAGAAGUUAUAGAUGGAUUUUGAUAUCGCCCUUCUCAAAAAUCUCAUUUGUUGUUGAGAGAGUUUCUUCUUGAAGACGUGUCCAUCCUUCUUUUUUUACGAGAUCAAAGAUGAAGUAGCUUAAUACGAACACCCAAAGAUGAAGAAACUACAAAAAGUUCGUCCUCCUGCUUCUCCCUUCAUGUUAGAGGCGCAGUGAACACGGCGCAAUGUUUUGCAGUAGACGGGUCAUGCCUUGGCGUCGGGGCUAGUGGCUUUCUGGAGAUGGACUUGCAUCAGAUUUUACGGGGACAGCCACUGCAGGACUACAUAAACCAGCAACAACUGAGAGCAGGAGUUACAACGGGGUGCGACCAAGGAGCGAGUGCGAGUAGCUCUUCCUCAACGUAUAAUCAUCAAACAGGAGGCUACACGUACGGCGGUCAGCAGGGCUACACCAGCAGUAGCAGCAGUACAGCGCGUGGAUCCGCAGGUGUGAGCUGCUACUCACGGUCGGGCAGCGGUAGCGGGCUCGUCUUGAGCAUGAAGGGCUUUUCAGCUGGAAGACACUACUGGGAAGCCGUGUUACUUUUAAGGCUCAGCUUUCAAUGGUCACCAUUUAGGUUGGGGUCACUGAGAUCGAAGAAGCGACCCUCCCUUGAGAGUAGAACAGGGGACAAGGAAGGGAAAGGGGAGAGCUUUGAAGGGGGUCGCUUCCGUGCAACAUCAGUGGCCCUUGAAUGCUGAGCUUUAAUACUUCCUCAUCCAUCUGCUGCAGCCAGCUUGAGCAAUGCAGCACGCGUCGCUAACGUCAGCGGAGGCCAUCCCCAUCAAGCAGCACAUGCGAAAGGAGGCCAAGUUAAGGAUUGAAACAUGAUUUCACUUUCACACGGUAUCAAUUUUCACUUCAUAUGUUUGCUGGUACCUAAAAAUGAAAUGUUUCAACCUUUAAGCAAGCCCAUCCUGCGCAACCCCCUACCACAGAUGUCAAGUUUGGUGUGGUGCCUCGAGGCGUAUCUACCUGUCUAGAUACCGCGCGCAGUAUAGACGAGAACAGCGGCUUCGCUAUUACACUCGCGUGCGGCCGGCACAUAAAGCCGGGUGGUAACGUCUUUCGAUUAAAUAGUACAGAAACUUCACUCUGGUGACCCUCAUUCUAUGAUACUUCUCAUCCUCCCAAUGAUCCAUGCUCCUAUCACAUCUCAUUUCCUGCCCAUGUACUUGCAUCCACCAGAUACAGUAGGGCUUUUGUUGGACCUAACCGAGAGGAUGGGGCGGUUAUCCUGCUUCGUCAACGGCAAGUUUUGCAAGGAUGCCCUUUCACUGAGCGACAUUCCGAAGAGUAUGGCGCUCUUCCCGGCUUUGAGUAUUCUACUUGUUCUUAAAUCCAUAUUGAACUUGUAGUUGCAUGUACUAACUUGUGUAUACUGAUAUGUAACUGUAACUCACUGACUCUGAGGACGAUGAUUCAUGAAUUAAUGAACGAGGUUUGAUGUUGUUCUCCUCAUCCUCAGGUAUCGAGGCGUUUGAUCCCUCUUGCCAUUUCGUAUUUGGCAUUAAGGAAGACCCGGCACUUCCAGAAUUGCAUAGGCACACGCUACAUGAAGCAGAGUUCGCAGCGGCCAGCAAUGGGGGAUGUUUGUCGUACGAGGAAUUUCAUUUUGCUGUUACUUGCUACAUCACUAAAUAAGAUGGUCUCUGAUAUUAAGCAUCACUUGGUUUUGGAAAGAUGUCUCCAUUUAGCUUAAUAAAUAUAGGAGAGUAGACGAGUUUCAGAAACGGAAGGAGCGAUCAGAUAAGAUGCUGACUGACGUCGCAGGUAUAACGACGAAAUUCGUGCUCGGAGAGUGGCGCUGUCGCAUACCGGAAAUACGGUUGAGAUCUCUUCGAAUUUGAACGACGAGUUGCAAGUUCAAGUGGGAGACGCGAUUCUCUUUGUUGAGCUCUCGGAUUUCAUACCUUCAGGUACGGCCGCUGGUUUUAAUGCGUCUACGUCUAGUAGCGCCAGUGCCUCAGCCUCUGGGAGAGGGAGAAAUUCAAACGGUGCUGUAGCUGCUGUUAAGAGCAUGGUGAUCAACUGACUUUGAUCCAGCACGUAGUACAUUUGAUCUUAAAGGUCCUAGGUAGUUCACGUUCACCUUAUAGCAUUACUUAAUACAAGUGCAACCACUUCCGACAAAAAGUUCAUCUGCACAUUUAUCGUGCUUGAACAAAUUGUCGUCUUGUGUCUCGUCUAUGAUGUUGAUCCUCUCGCUUAUGGAACCGCCGCCUCUUGCAUUUAUGGGUAAUCUCUAACACUAGCACCGGAUCAGGGCUCUCUGUCGCCUCCCCGUCUUCGCGGUGGUCUUUUUCGGCGAGUCCCCCAUCUGUAUUAGCGCAGGACGCGUUCUACAUGCAUAGAGAGUUCGAUACGAACUGUCCUCCGAAUCAAACUGUCCUCAAGGUGGCCUACAAAUUCGUAGCGCUAGCUCCCGGCGUCGCCACGUUCAAAAGUCGUUCUGUCGAAGAUGGAGGGGAAGGAAGGGAAAACUGGAAGCAAACGCUGCGUGUAGUGGUGCAGCCGGUUGCGUGACUGUGAGUAGGUUGGAAGGAGGAGUUUUUUAUUUGCUCACUGGUACGUCAUGUCGUCGCACAUACCUCUAGGAAAGCAAGCAGAACAUCACCAUAAUAUGAUAGACAUACUUACAAGAAUUAGUUGUAGUCAGCGCUACUUAUAGAAGUUGAGCAUUUAAGUACUACUUGCUUCAAUGUGCAUAAUUGUAAUUCGUGCUGCUAUUUCAAUCGACGUAAUUCGCCUUUUUCUCAUGAUGUUGAUAAGCAUAACUCGACUCGAGCACCAGUCGGGGAACCAAGAGAACUAAAAUCUUUUUCAUCAAUGCACAGUAUUCAUAGUGUAGAGCCGCACGAUAAUGUUCAUAGUAUUAAAAUUCUCCAAAACCUUCAACGCCCAUAACUGACUGCCUCGAUACCUCCUGGAAUUAUCCUAGGUGAUCAACCUCCUAAAAUCGCGAAGUAGAGAAAGAGUAACUUCUACGUCAGACGCACAUAUCAAGUUCAACAAGGUGAAUCAAGAUCGUGAAAUCUAUUUACCUUCACUUGAAGGGUGGUGGAAGUUCAUCUUCGG